CCGGAUGCAUGCACAAUGACUUAUGGCGUUAAUGGUAAUUUGUUUACCAGUGAUGCUGUGAUGUUUCAGGGCCCGCCGCUAGGGAUUACCAAUCCUCAACCACCAACGAAAAUCCGAGGUCAGAUCUGGGUGCUACACGGAAGCGAGGCUCCUGUAUAUUGGAUGGGGUCCUUGUCACCAUGGCGGCGUCUUUUCAAUUGGACCAUGUCAUACCGUCGUGAUGCCGAUAUUCGCCAUUCAUAUGGAGAUUUUAGGAAACGUCAAAGUGUCCUUUCAAAAAUUCCGACCGCUUUAAAUAUUCCUACGUCAUUCAAUCCUGUGGGUUGGUUUGUUAGUCAUUGUGUCACGUCAUCACAACGUGAAUUAUACGUCGAACAACUUACUAAAUACGUCAAGACGGAUAUAUACGGUGCUUGUGGAAAAUUAGUUUGUGAUUUCGAUAAAUUUAAGGAAUGUUUGGAUCGUUACAAGUUUUAUUUGUCUUUUGAGAACGCUAUAUGUCGGGACUAUAUUACCGAGAAAGUUUUCAAUAUUUUCCAAAUCGCUUCAAAUACAAUUCCGGUAGUUCGGGGAUUCAAAAAUCAAUCAUGGAUGUUCUUACCCCCUGGAAGUUACAUAAGUACGGAUGAAUUUUCGUCCCCAGGGAAACUCGGCGAGUAUUUAACAAAACUUUCAAAUAAUAUGACGGCAUUUGAAAAUUACUUUACAUGGAAACAAUUCUAUGAAUCCUACAGCUAUGAGCCUAAUCCUUUUUGUAUAUUAUGCCGGAGGUUACAUCGAUCAGAAUCCUACAGACGCUUAUAUGACGAUAUCGAUGCUUGGCUUAAAGGUGGAAAUCAAGAAUUUUGUGUAGGAGCUGAUGAUAUUAGAUAUGUACUUUCACAUUUUCUGUACAAAUUUUGACCAUAUUACUAUUUAUGCACGAUUCAAUAAUGAGAGCUUGUUGUUAUG